AUGGUCCGCACGACUAGUAGCACCACUGCUAAGCCGAUAGGCCUCCUUCCCAUCCCAAGAGCACUCCAUAUCCUCACCACCGGAGCCCUGUGCUCAAUCCUUGUCGGUGUCGGCCUCAAGGCAGUCAUCGUUCGCAGGGCCAAUGGCCCAUCCACAGAGCCUAUCGACGCCUUCCUACCAUCCAUCAUCCUUGGAGCCAUGGGCCUCGUUGUAACAUUCUUCAACUUGGUGCGAAUCGCCACCUUCAAGUUCCGCACCCGGGCAAAUUGGCUGCUCGUGGAGGUCAUACCUGGACUACUUGGCUGGACAGCCGUCACUUUUUUGACAGGAAUUGAAAACUUUUCCAGGGGAAGGGAGGGGAGGGAAAUCGGAAAGAAGUGCACCGCCCACUUUCUGGCUCCAGACAGACCAGAGUUGGGGUCGAAGGAUUACUUCGUGUUCUGCGUUGCGCAGGAUCUGUGUUGGGCGAUUAAUCUCGUCCUCGCGAUUAACUACCUAUGGGGCGUUGGGCUGUGGUACCUAACGCGACGAGAGGAAAAGAGGCAGGCCAAUGAAUCUGCUGGAGCUUAUCCAUUAGACAUCUUGGAGAACUGA